AACUCGCGCAGAUAUUAAAAUGUCUCAACCGGAAUUGAUCAGCGAUCUAGAUGUACCUGAAAAUCCGCAGCAUCCUUGUCAGUGCUCCGCAAUUGGCAAUAUGGACUCUGUGAGAGACAGAACGGAAAGACACGUGGGUAGCACCAGGAUCUCCAAUAAUCAAGACUUUCCACGAAGUCUGGAAACCUUACAGAGCGCUUUCGAGCCGAUACGAAGAUUAGAGAGUCCUCAUCAAGAUAAUUCGCAGCAGAUCAGUCUGGACAAUGCCAUGAAUAUUGAUCUCCUAGAACACCAAGCGAGUAUAUCGCCCAAUUCGAGAUCCAUGAACAAUCAAAACUCGAUGUUAUUACUUCACGGGCAUAAUCUGUCUUGUAGUCCACGUAACUUGGACUUGUCGCGCAAUCUGGCAUUCGAGGCGGCUCGAAGAGUCCAGGAGACCUCAAGCCUGCAGGAGAAUCAACACAGUUUGACCUCGACUCCUAGUCCCUUGUUGGAAGCCGAGUCAAAUCUGCUCGAGACGAGCAGUAAGGAGUUGGAAGACCACGGUGGCUUGUCGCCGCAGAAGCAACACUCUAGCAAGGACAAACUUAAGAACGUUCAACAGGUGCUGAAUCCGUAUCAGCAUCAUCACGAGCCGGCGGUAGAUCGUAGCGUUCACGGACACUUUCACGGUGACAUACACGCUCACAUUCACAAGCACACUGAUAACUUUAGAAGCAACUCAAAUCUCGAUGCCGCUGAAAGCUUGAUGGGCUUUCAGCAACAUCAGCGACAGCACACGCAUCAUCAUCAUGGUAACACGAAGACAAACGUCGCUCAUCAUCACGGAUCCGGUACGCAUCACGCGCACACCCAAGGAAUGAGCGGACAUCAUCACGGAAAUCUAGUGACUAAUCUUACCAGCCAUAUGCAUGGAACAUCUGGUUCACUAAGCGCAUCCGGUUCCAGUUCGAUAAAUCAAACCAGCUCUACCACUCCUACUGGACAUCAUCAUCCAACGUCAAUGCCUAUCACGGCCACGAUAAACCACGUAAAUUCGCCACGCAGUCAUCAUCGACUUGGCGCCGGCCCUAGCUUGACUCAUCAUUCAAAUCCCACCUUUUCCAACGAUCAUCACGGUGUUUCUAGUGCUCUGAGCGGUGCGUCGUCAAAUUCAAGUAUGAUGAACCACGGCGGCUCGCCCACAAUGCAUCGGCACGUGGUCAAUGUCAACAGCAAUCUGUCAACGACACCUCUGGGCGGCCAUCAUCGGGGCAGCUCGUCGGGCAGCCUGACUGGUCAUUCCAGUGUAAAUCAUCAUCACAUCAGCUCCGGUAUAUCGUGCGAAUCGUCGUCAUCGAACGCCAAUACCAGAACUCACAGCAGGCUAGACCACGUUCAUGAUCAUCAUCAUCAUCUGCAAUCGGUGCACCAACUGCACACAAGUCAUUCUGAUACCAGGCCGAGAGAUCGGGCACCUUCGAGCUUAGAUCAUCACGGGCACCUUCAUGGACACAUGCACAAUCACGGGCAUCCACACGCACAGAAUGACACCAAAAAUGCAUCCCUUAUGAGCGUCGAUGCCAUUCAGGUUUCAGCCCCUACGAAGAACAAGUGUCAAUGCCACGUGGUGCAACAACCCGGAGGAAAUAACAGAGGAGAGGGUGAGAGUGAUGCAGGCAUUGAGGUGGCAUCGAGAACGCAUCAACCUCCAGCCCUGCCGCCACGUCCACCACCGAGACCAACGAGACGUUACGAAACAGCUGCUGCCAGUCAAUGUCAUAGCGGCGAAGGUGGCUGCUGCAAGAAGUACGUUGUCCUCUGCUGUCUCUGCGGUGGAUUGAGCGCGGCGGUCGGCAGCCUCUUUUUGGCGGUGCACGCGGUCCUGUCGGCCCACACGGCCAGUCUAGCGCUCUUCGAGACCGUGCCGUCUUACAUUCCUGGCAUUAUGUUGAUCCUCAUGGGCUUUUUCACAAUGCUGUUGGCCAGGCGGAAGCACAGAUACGGACUUCUGAUGAAAGUCUGCGGUUCCGUGGGAGUAGUGUGCGCGUUGGUGUGCGUGCUUGUCACCGUCACAACCACGGUAAUUCACAUGUCGCGAUUGCAGAAUCUUCGCGAAUGCGUUUACACCGCACGCGCAAGAUCGUGCACGUGUUACGGCGCGCCGCAGUCGAAGGGAGACCCCGGCGUACUGUUCGAGGGAACUCCUCACUGCGAGGCGGUACACGGCGCAUUGUCGGACUGCCUGAGGGCCCUCUUCGGCGUCUCGGUGGCCGGUAUACUGGCCUGCAUAUUCUCGUGCAUGCUCGUAUACCAGUUGUUGAGUCACGAGAAGAAGAAGAUGUACUGGGAACAGUUGGAGCUGAGAUGCAGAUCGUUGUACGGUCAGGGCGGCGCCGUGGGGCCACCGGCCGGAUCCUGCGGAUGCUGCAACGAUUGCGGGGGCGCGAGUCCGUGGUGGGCACAGACACCGGGAAACCUGUAUACGCCGAAUCCCGACAUGGCACCUUCCAGAAGAUGGCGAUUACCUUGGUCCAGAUCGAGAGGCCCAGCACCGAGUCCAGAUUCGAAUUAUGGCUUCCACACGCAAGCACGAUCAACAGAAACCAACGUGGAGGGCGGAACCGGACCAUAUAGCGUUCUCAAUUCGCAAUCAAGUGGUCCUUAUUCCGUUUUAAACACUCAGAGUGUUCCAUACACACCGAGCACUGCAUCUUAUAGCGUUUUGGAAACGCCCGUGCCAUUGUGGGGACCGCCACCUCCUUACAGCGAUCCUAACAGUCCUGCUAGAAGACCGCAAAUCUCGACCGAAUCGAGAGCCAGAAUUGCCAAGAGGAUGGAUAACUUUGAGAAUAACGAAGAUCAUAGAUCAAGAUCUGCGAAACGUCCCACCGAUAAUUACGAGAAUGCCGAGGAGAUCUCUAAUAGCACGGAUCCCGAAGGCGGCAAUGAUGGAACCGUCAAAGGUAGGAGAAUUAGAAAACCGCUGAAGGGAGUGGAAAACGGCGCAUUUCAGCAAGAAACGAAUCCCGGUCCGAAACAAUCCGAAAGCGAGCUAUAUUUCGGGGACGUAUCUUCAUGCUGCGGACCCGAGAGUAGUUUUUACGAUCUGGCUGUGGAAAAAGAAGGUGCGGAACGUUCUGAAGGUGCCGACUACCUGGCGACCAGAUUGGGCAAGCGUCAGCUGUCAAAAAGAUCUCGGCUGCCUCUUCCGUUGCCUGCGGACAACGGCGACAUUCCUAUCGACAAUUACGCGAACAGCGACGAGCCAAGGAACGCCAGAGGUCCGUUUCUCGCUCCUGACGCGCAAUACGAAGUAAUUCAGCAAGGCCGUUAUUCCUAUUACGCGUCGAAAGAUGACGAGGAGUUACAGGAGGGUCCAGCGAGUUCCGGUUACUUCCGGGAGGACGAGAACGAGAGAGCGCGAGAAAGGGAUUAUAGAGAUUACAGAAACAGCCAGGAGGAAGAAGCGCCACAGUGUUGUUUAAGCGAUUCGACGACUCCUGACUCUGGUUGGCAAAGUGGCGAGCAGCAGCAAUCAGAUGACAACGUGCGGCCGGUGAACGUGUGAUCUUAGGAACUUGUAAGAUUCUAGCGACGGCAAAAACUAACAAACGACCACUGAUUUCCCACGAGAGGGAGCAAAAAUAAUUAGAUCGUAAUAAUUAGAUCGAAGAAAAUGCGACAAUAGUUUCUGAUCUGUGAAUACGUAAUUUAGAUUGAUCGUAAAUAGGUCUUGUUUUUCUCUGCAAGCAAAGCAGGUGGUUGCAGUUUUGCUUGGAACUUAAUUGCCGGAAUAGAAAUAUUAGAGACGGUAGAGCUUGGCAGAUGAGGCCCUAGUCGGAUAAUGUGUACGAUGGUAGGUUCGCUUUAAAAAAAAUUUAAAAUUAGCUAAGUUGUUAAUGCGCUGAAUUUAUAAUCGAUAGAUUAUAAGCGUGAAACUGAAAGAUCUGAAGAUGGAACGCGUAUCAAUGCAUAUCCAUCGAUUCUUCUUCUCUCGAAACAGACUGUGUUGCUCUAAUGAAACUAGUUUAAGAACGCUUCGUAUCUCUUAAAUACUUUAAGUAGUAUCAUAUGUGACAACGCACGACAUAAUGAGUACUUCUAUGACUUUCUUGCAUAAAUAAUAGUUAUUUAAUAAUUAUUAAUUUUAUCUUUUUAACGGACAUUAUACUCUAUAUCUACGUCAUUAGUAUAAAGUGAUUUCAACGAAUCGUCACCAUGCCGUAGAAAAUAUAUAAUAAAAAUUGAGAGAAAGAGAGAGAGAGAGAGAGACUUCGACAUAAGAUACACAGUGAUAUAAACUGCGAUAACAUCAAAUAUAAAUGCGAAUCUCGGUUUCUAUGACCUCGAGAUUACUGCCAUUAUAAACCGCCAUUAAUUCUUUUCGUAAGAAGCUUGUCGGUUGAAUAUAAGUAUAUACAUAUAUAUUUAAUAAAACUAGACUCACGCGUAAAUACAUAUGAAUAAAAUGAGAUAAAGUGAUGAGAUGAUGAUUAUCGAUAGAAUCAAGCAAUGUGAUUUGAGAUAAACAAUUUAGACACAUAAAAAUUCCUCGUGUUCAACAUUAAAUGUACAGUGAUUGUAAUUAAUGAAGCAGCUUGAUUGUAAAUUACGAUCACCUGUUGGGUAAAAACGUCGUGUUAAAUCUAUAAAAUAUUAAACGCAUAGAAUAAAAUAUUCACAAAUUCUGUGUAUUUUUGCAUAUUAAGCGAAGCUGUUCGUAGUAAUAAAUAAUAGUGUGUAUUUAAGUCUACUCAAGAAAUUA